GAUUUAAAACGAAAAAGACUGCGAUCAUUUCAGGAAGUUCUGUUUUAUAGUGAACCAAUACUGAUACCGAAGUUAUUGGUGUUCUUGUAGCAUAAUACCGAACUGGUUUGGAAGCGGACAAGGUGGAAGGACAUGCCUUUGUUUUUCCAGAACAGAGAAUUAGAUUGCUUCAGAUCAACAGCGGAAUUAUUCGACAAAUAUCCACAUUUACAGGAAAAUGCAAAAGCAUUUCGCUCCAAGCCACGUGUUGAUGUAGAUGCGAAGCACCUUCUGUAUGUUCAGCAGAGAGAGUUUGCAGCGACAACUCCAGCAGACAACUGCGUUUCGAUCCUUGGAUCAGAUGAUGCUACCACCUGCCACUUGGUCGUGCUGCGACACACCGGUAGUGGAGCUGUCUGUCUGUCUCACCUCGAUGGCUCCAGCACCAGGACUGAGGUCCAGCUCACUACGAAAGCCGUCACAUCACUGAGUAACGGCUGUAAUGAGGGCAGAUUUGAGCUGCAUCUAGUUGGAGGGUUUGAUGACGAUGACAAAAGAUCUCAUAAACUCAGCCUUAACAUCCUGGCAGCGUUCCAGAAACAGAAGGAUCACAUUCACCUGGAGACAUGUUGCAUCACAGGUUUUAUAUGUUUUCUAUCUUUUGUAAAUACUGUAGUUGGACAUUCUGAUUUCUCAGUCACAAUUCUUUCUGUUGUAGAGAUGAACAAUGUAGUUGACAAGGGAAUUCAUAAACCGAUAGUAUAUGGAAUAGGUGUAAAUGUUAAAACAGGGGAAGUGUUCCCUGCCUCAUUCCCUCAUAAAGGACCUGCAGAGAUGCUACGGUCAGCACGGACCUUCACUGGAGGAGAGAUGACUGACAUUUAUGACUCAAGACAUGGACUUAUUAAAGUUGGACCAUGCCAGUGGAGUCCUGAUUUGGAAAUUGCCUUCUGGUUGUCACAAAGUGAUGCCACUAUUUUAAAGUACCUGUCCACGUCUCCGUUUGCUGAACCGCCGCACUUUGUCCAACACAUUAAGUCCACCAUCCAGUUCCUUUUGUCGCAUCCAAACUCUGACAGCCUGUUCCCGGGAGGUCAGCCGCACCUCUACCACCGGACGGAGAGCGGUAGCUGGGAGAGGCUUGUCCAGUCAUAACAAGUCACAGCUGAACCUUUAAAUGCUAUUUGACUGUUUUUUUGUUUUCCAAUGGAAACACUGACCCCUUUUCAAUCAGAGUAUUUUCUCAAGGAUCCAAUCCCAGACCAGCGCUUUGCAAAUGUAUUCAUACCACAUGGAUCAUUUCCGAUCGGCUCCUCUGAGUAAAGCCAGUUUUGUAUUUGCAUUUUGCAGAUUGGAUGGAGGGUUUUUGUGAUUAUCAUUUUUCAAGUCUACAGAUUCUUUUAGAUUAGCUUGAGGAUUUUGAUUGGGAUACUUUAACACGCAAAUAUACUUUGAUCUAAACCAUUGCUCAAGCCAACACACAUUAUUUACGUAUUAUCUAAGCCAACACAGCUUGUGUAAAUAGUUAAAUUACUCUCCUAAAGUUCUGGAGGAGUUGUGUUGAACCACGGAAAGACCUAGAACUUGCAGAAUACCGGACCCUGAGGACUUACUUUGAUAUGUCUGGUUUAGAUUGAAUGCUAAUGUCUUCACCGGUUAACAGUUAUGAUUUAAGCUUUUACACACCUGACCUGUUUUCUGGGGGGCCCUGGUUUUCACAAUGCUGUUUGUUCACUAACGCACACUAGCAAACCUCUGAGGCCUUCACAGAAUAGCUCGAUUUUAACUAAUUUAUAUUUACUCAUACGAGGAAUUAGGGCUGGGCGAUAUGACUUCAAAAUUAAAUCUCAGAUUUCGUCAUUCCAGAUCCGAUAUUGUUUUUUUCUUGCUUUCUUUUCUUUAAAAGAAAAAAGAGAAAAUAUUUUCAAAAAGUGGCUUUUGUCAUUCUUUUUGUGAGUUGUACAAGGGUGUAUUAGGGCCAGGCAACACAAUUUUAAAAAUUGUUUAAUUGCGAGAAUAUAGUCAUAAUAUUAGCAGAAUAAAGACAAAUUUUACUAGAAGAACGUCUUAAAAUUGCAAUAAAAAGUUGUUUUUAUGAGAUAUAAGCUUCUAAAGAGUUAGUUGGCUACCUAAAUCCAUGUCGGUUUUUUCUUCAGAAUAGACAGUCGUUUGCACAAUUGUUUCAAAGUCCUGUUGCUGAUAAUAAUUUGAUGCUGGUGUGUUAAAAGAUGAGGUAUUUUCUUAUCUGUAAAACUUAUACCAGAGUAUAACCUCGUACACAUAAACAGAAGCUGUAAAACCUGUCCAGCAAGAUGGCCGGCCUUGGGUCUGCUGACAUCACUCUGAACUAUAGAAACCCAAGGAAUAAAUUGUUGAAGAUUUAAUUUUGCCCAAAAAUGAAAUCUUCAAAAACCCAAAUUUAGAUUGAUCGAUAAAAUGUAUUCAUCGUCCAGCCCUAGGAGGAAUGUAUUGAUGAUUAUGUGACUUGUGAAUAUAUUUGCUUGCUCUGUAUUUUAUUUGGGGGUAUCUGCGUAUUAGGACCUGUAUGAAUAUGUUUACCACACUUUUGAGGUUUUUAUUGGUUAAGGAGAAUGGGAUAUUUUCAUUUUCCUUCAACAUUUCAACAUUAUAGUUAUGCACUACCUUA